GUGUAGACCAGUGCAAGGUUAGCUAUUGACACAAAGGGAGGACUUCACUGAAACUGUGAGAGGUAGCAAACAAGAAAAAUGUCUGACAGAAUGAUUGAUUUGGAAGAGACCGCAACCCAGACAGGUCCAAAAGGAGUCAUCAAUGACUGGAGGAGGUUUAAGCUGGAAAGUAUGGAUCAGGAAAACUUGCCACCUGCAAAAAAGGAACUGCUGAGACAAAUGUCAUCCCCGAGCAAGCCAAAAGAUGACACCAGAGCAAACCUUAACCGCAAGAUGAGUGUCCAAGAGUAUGAGCUGCUUAAGGAGGAGGAUGAGGGAUGUCUAAAGAAAUACAGAAAGCGGUGCAUGCAGGAGAUGCAUGAUAAACUCAGCUUUGGGCCCAGGUUUGAAGGUGUGCAUGACCUGGCCAGUGGAGAGGCCUUCCUAGAAGUCAUCGAGAAGGAACAUUACAGCACGGUGGUGGUUGUCCACAUCUACAAGGUUGGGGUCAAAGGUUGUGAGGAACUCAACAACUGCUUUAACUGCCUGGCCACUGAGUACCCCACUGUAAAGUUCUGCAGGAUUGAUGCCGUCGCAUCCGGUGCUUCCGAGCGGUUCUCAGAUGAGGUUUUGCCUACGCUGCUGGUGUACAAGGCUGGAGAACUAUUAGGAAACUUCCUGGCCUGCACGCAGCACCUAAAUGAGGAGUUCUUCGCCACUGAUGUGGAGGCCUUCCUCAACAGCUAUGGCCUGCUGCCAGAGAAAGAGCUGGCCAGCAUGGAAGAUGAAGAGGAAAACGAUGUAGAGUAA